AUGGCGGAAAGCGCGGCAAGUCCGGGUUCCGUGCAAGUGGCCGCGAACAGUCCGCAGCAACAGCAGCCACAGUCGCAGCAACAGCAACAAACGCAACAGAAUCAACAACCGCCGGAUAUAAGCAGCUCGCAGUUGGCGUCUCCACCGAUCACGGGCACAGAGGCUCAGGGACUCAAAGGCUCAGAAACUCAGAGACUCAGGGACUCAGAGACUCAGGAGCUCAGGGACUCAGAAGCUCAGGGACUCAGAAGCUCAGGGACUCAGAAGCUCAGGGACUCAGAAGCUCAGGGACUCAGAGGCUCAGGGACUCAGAGGCUCAGGGUCAUAGAGGCUAAGGGUCAUAGAGGCUUAGGAACUCAGAGGCUCAGGGAUUUAGAGACUCAGGGACUCAGAGGCUCAGGGACUCAGAGGCUCAGGGACUCAGAGAGGCUCAGGGACUCAAAGGCUCAGAAACUCAGAGACUCAAGGACUCAGAAGCUGAGGAACUCAGGGACUCAGGGACUCAGGGACUCAGGGACUCAGGGACUUAGAGGCAUAGGAACUCAGAGGCUCAGGGACUCAGAGAGGCUCAGGGACUCAAAGGCUCAGAAACUCAGAGACUCAAGGACUCAGAAGCUGAGGAACUCAGGGACUCAGGGACUCAGGGACUCAGGGACUCAGGGACUUAGAGGCAUAGGAACUCAGAGGCUCAGGGACUCAGAGGCUCAGGAAUUCAGAGGCUCAGGGACUCAGAGCCUUCUCUAG